CAUAAUGAACCAAGUUUUCAGUCAAGGUGGUCUUCCUGAACACAACUGAGACACUCAGUUGAUGAGCCAUAUUGGUGUUCUGACUGAAAGGCUUUACUACAGAUCACUGGAGGAUUCACACAGGACACAAGCCAUAUUAGUAUUCUAAAUGUCAUAAAUGUUUUAGAUCCUCUUCAACAUUUAUCCAGAUUUUCAGUGUUCUUGAAGUGACAAAGCCUUUAGAAUAAAGUCAGAUAAUAUCAGAUACAGGAUGGUUGGCACUGGAGAGAAGCCAUUUUCAUGUUCUCAUUGCAGAAGAACUUUUAGAAGAGAGCACAGUCUUAUCAGACACCAGCAAGUCCACAAAGGAGAGAAGUCAUUUCAAUGCUCUGAAUGCAGCAAAGUUUUUCCAUGGAAAGUAAAACUUAUCAAACACCAGAUGACUCACACUGAAGAGAAGCCAUAUCAAUGUUCUGAGUGUGACAAAGCUUUUAGACUGGAGAAGCGUCUUACCAAACACCAGAAAAUUCACACUGGAGAGAAACCAUAUCAGUGUUCUGAAUGUGACAAAGCUUUUUCAUCAAAGUCAAAUUUUAUCAGACACCAGAGGAUUCACACUGGAGAGAAACCAUAUCAGUGUUCUGAAUGUGACAAAGCUUUUAUACAUAAGAUAAGCCUUAUCAGACACCAGAGGGUUCACAGUGGAGAGAAGCCAUAUCAGUGUUCUGAAUGUGGCAAAGCUUUUAUACAUAAGAUAAGCCUUAUCAGACACCAGAGGGUUCACAGUGGAGAGAAGCCAUAUCAGUGUUCUGAAUGUGGCAAAGCUUUUAUACAUAAGAUAAGCCUUAUCAGACACCAGAGGGUUCACAGUGGAGAGAAGCCAUAUCAGUGUUCUGAAUGUGGCAAAGCUUUUAUACGUAAGAUAAGCCUUAUCAUACACAAGAUGAUUCACACUGGAGAGAAGCCAUAUGAAUGUUCUGAAUGUGACAAAGCUUUUAUACAUAAGACAAGCCUUAUCAGACACCAGAGGGUUCACAGUGGAGAGAAGCCAUAUCAGUGUUCUGAAUGUGGCAAAGCUUUUUUACAUAAGAUAAGCCUUAUCAGACACCAGAGUGGAGAGAGGCCAUAUCAGUGUUCUGAAUGUGACAAAGCUUUUACAUCUAAGUCAUAUCUUAUCAUCCACCAGAUGAAGCACACCGGAGAGAGGCCAUAUCAGUGUUCUGAAUGUGACAAAGCUUUUACAGUGAAGAACAGUCUUAUCAUACACAAGAUGAUUCACACUGGAGAGAAGCCAUAUGCAUGUUCUGAAUGUGACAAAGCUUUUAAAACCAAAAGAGAUCUUGUUGUACACCAGAGGGUUCACACUGGAGAGAAGCCAUUUCAGUGUUCUGAAUGUGACAAAGCUUUUACAUCAAAGUCAUAUCUUAUCAUCCACCAUAUGAAGCACACCGGAGAGAGGCCAUAUCAGUGUUCUGAAUGUGACAAAGCUUAUACAGUGAAGGACAGUCUUAUCAAACACAAUAUGAUUCACACUGGAGAGAAGCCAUAUGAAUGUUCUGAAUGUGACAAAGCUUUUAAAACCAAAAUAGAGCUUAUCAUACACCAGAGGAUUCACACUGGAGAGAAACCAUAUCAGUGUUCUAAAUGUGACCAAGCUUUUACAGUAAAGUCAAGCUUUAUCAGGCACCAGAAGAGCCACACUGGAGAAAAAACAUACCAGUGUUCUGAAUGUGACAGAGCUUUUACAUCAAAGUCAUAUCUUAUCAUCCACCAGAUGAAGCACACUGGAGAGAAGCCAUAUCAGUGUUCUGAAUGUGACAAAACUUUUACAUCAAAGUCAUAUCUUAUCGGCCACUAGAUGAUUCACGCUGAAGAGAAGACAUUCCAAUGUUCUGAAUGUCACAAAGUAUUUGCAUCAAAGUCAAAUCUCAUCACACACAUGGGAGAUUCACAUUUGAGAGAAGCCAUAUCAGUGUUUUGAAUAAGACAAAGCAUUAGAGUGAAGUCAAACCUUAUUACAUACCAGAAGAUUCACAGUGGCGAGAAGCCAUAUCAGUGUUCUGAAUGUGAUAAAGCUUUUACAUUGAAUUCAGAUCUCAUCUCACACCAGAGGGUUCACACUGGGGAGAAGCAAUUUCAGUGUUCUCAAAGUUGUAAAGAUUUUAGAGUAAAAUCACAUCUUAUCAAACACCAAAGGAUUCACAGCCUUCAGCUCUGGUGGAGGGGGGAUGUUAACAGGUAGCAUCUAAGCUGUUAUGAAAAAGCUUGUGGGUGUCUCUUCAGUUUCAUCUCUUACAUCAUGCCACAAGUUAGUAUGAACGUAAAAAAGGUAGAUUGCUACUUUAAAAAAAAAAUUAAAUUAAAAUGAAAUGGACAAAUUAA